AUGGCAGCAGAGUUACAUCCAAUUGGAUCAAUCAGCCCAACAAUAAACCCACUUCCGGCAACAAUACAAGCCCAUAACAUCACUAGCCCACCGGAAAACCCAGGCCCAAAUCUAGCCCCAAAACGUCAACGUCGGCCCAGUGUUCGAUUACACGACAUCGGUGACCAACCCACCACUAUCCGUACACCCAAAACAUGGAGAUUACAUCCUCCGUACAAUUCCUCAAACAAAUCUUCAUCAAAGAUUCGUCCUUUAACUAAUUUACCCAACAACCUAGAUUUCUCAGAAACCACCUCAAACGGCGUCGUUCGCAAAAAAACCAAAAGGGUACGAACCAAUUUCAAGGUUGUGGACCCACUUUAUGCUGACGAGGAGAGAGAAAAUCAUGAAUUUCAUGGGUUUGGUGAUGCUGACGAGGAGAGAGAAAAUCAAGAACAUGAAGAUGCAGAUGAAGAUGAAGAUGAUGAAGAAGAACAUAGUGAUAAUAAUUUGAGGUCUAAUACUAGGGUUUUUAAUUCGCAACAAGAUUUGGUGGGAGUAGGAUUCGAACCUGGGUUGUUGGAUGAUGGAGUAAGGAAAUGGCUUGUUGAAUUAGGUUUAGGAAGAUAUGCACCUGUUUUUCAAAUCCAUGAAGUGGAUGAACAAGUUUUGCCUUUUUUAACACUUGAUGAUCUUAAAGAUAUGGGGAUUCAUGCUGUUGGUUCUAGAAGGAAAUUAUAUUCUGCUAUUUUAAAUCUUAGGAAAGAUUAA